AUGGUCGCUUUUCAAGCGGGCCUCGUUUCUUCUCUCUUUGCCCUCCAGGCAGCGGCUUUCCAAACACCACUUGGCUCGGCAGUCCGCAACAAAUGGACUCUGGACGCAAUCAAGCCCCUCACUGACCCAGAGUCCGGCCGCGUUAAGUGUUGUCCGGAAGGAACCUUGUUCGAUGGCAACUCUUGCGUCCUCGGGGUCCCAAGGUGCCCCGACGGCACAACGCUGAGAGGCAGCCACUGCAUCUCUGUCACCGGGCCCAUCUGCCGGGAGGGUGAGACCUUCAACGGGCUCGUCUGCAUCACGAGCACUCCGCCAUCAUGCCCUUCCUUGUCGGUUUUGAAAGAUAAGGCUUGUGUCUGGGAAACUCCACCUAAGUGCCCUUCUGGCACAGAGUUGGCCGAUAAAAUCUGUAUUUCGACCAAGCUGCCCAUCUGCGGCAAUGGCGAUCGGUUUAAUGGCAAAGGUUGUGUCAGUUCCACCCCACCAGUUUGCCCUGAGGGCACAGAUCUUUCCGACGGAAUGUGCAUCAGUACAGUGCCCCCGAGUUGUUCUGCCGGCAGCGAAUACGACGAAGUCAACAACGUUUGCAUCCAUCGUCAGCCUCCUCAAUGUCCAGCGGGUACCUCCCCCAAAGGAGGCAAUUGCAUCACUAAGGAAGGCCCCGAAUGCCCCCAUGGAACAAAGUUCAGCGUGGAGAGAAACACUUGCAUCAUGGAGACACCGCCAUCAUGCCCCCCUGGCGAUACCCUAGAAGACACAAAGUGUGUGUCCCCGGAUGAGCCCGCUUGCUCACCUGGGACUGAGAUGUCUGUCGACAGGGCUUCAGGCACUUCACGAUGUUGCCCACUUCCUCUGAAGUGGGAUGGGAAUGUUUGCUCCUACAAGGUACCUCCCGAAGGAUGCCCGGAGGGAACCACACAAGUUGGCGAUCUUUGCAGGACCAUCACUGUCUUUCCUCCUACAUGCCCUCCCGGAACUAAGCUGGAGUGCAGUCGAUGCAUCUCUAUCACGCCACCAGAAUGUCCUCCAAGCUCGACUCGCGAUGGGACUACGUGUAUUUCUAUUGAGUCCCCAGUCUGCCCUGGUGGAACGACGUUAACCAACGGAAAAUGCGUCUCCAUAAAGGAAGCCAUCUGCCCCACGGGUAGUCAUAUUCAGGGUGAUAAGUGUAUCACCGUUGAGCUACCUUUGUGCCCCUCUGGAACCAAGUUCAAUGGUAGGGACUGCGCCAUCGACGGCCGACCGCAGUGCGAGGAUGGUACCCACUUCGAUGGCGAGGAUUGCACACGAGUGGGAGGUAUUCCUCCCAGCUGUCCUGAAAACACCACCUACGAUGGUUCCCGGUGUGUUUCAGGCACUCCGCCUGCAUGCCCCAAGGGCUCAUCCCUCAGUGACGGAGCAUGCGUCACCGGGUACAAACCAGUCUGCCCCAAGGAUACAGCACUGAUAGGCGGCGACUGUAUCAGAGGCCCUCCUGCCUGUCUGCAGGGCUUAUACCUUAAGGGCGAUGCCUGCAUCAGCAUUGAAAAGCCCUGGUGUCCACCCGAUCACCAGUGGCGCGGUGGCCGAUGCCAGAACGUCGAGGAGAAGGCCUGUCCACCUGAUUAUGUACCGCGCGGGGAGGAGUGUAUCUCGGGCGGGACACCAAAGUGCGACCUAGGCACUCAUUUCAACGGAACCGUCUGCGUUGGUGACCCCCCGAGUUGUGAGCCUGGAACUGAGUUCGACGGAGAGCGGUGUGCGUCUAUCGUGGAGCCUAGUUGUCCUCUGGGCACCCAAUUCAACGGCAGGAUUUGCGAGUCAGAGCAGGACCCUGUCUGUCCCUCCAAUACCACUUGGGAUGCUGCUUCCAAGGAAUGCGUGGGUCAGACGUUGCCUCAAUGUCCCGAAGGCCAGAAAUUCAACGGGGAGCAUUGUGCUUUGUCAUCGGGAGACUGCAUGGAGUUUGAGUAUUGCCCUCCGGGAAUCAAUCAGGGUUUUCUGGCACCUGAUUGUGGAAGCUCGUAUCCCAGAUGCCAGUAG